AUGGUCUUAUCUAAUAUCAUUACAACCACCACCACCAUCCUACCUCCGGCCACCACCACCACCACCCAACCACCGGCCGCCACCACCAUGCCGACACCACCACCUCCGCCGUCACCACAGUCUCCGGCCGCCACCACCAUCCUCGGCCAUCACUACCUACCUCUGAUCCGGCCACCACCACCACUCUACCACCGGCCGCCACUACCGCCUCUGGCUGCCACCGUCUCUGACUGCCACUGUCUCCGUCUGCCACCGUCUCCGGCCACCACCACCACCAUAUCUCCGGCAGCCACCACCUCCUCCGGUCACCACCAUCUAUCACAGCCACUACCACUGACCUGCAGAUCAAUUGGUAACAGCUUGUCUAGUGGGAAGGUUGUUAGAGGGUGA